UCGGUGUUCCGGCCGGCGGCGGGGACGAGUGCGCCGGUGACACCGCGCGGCUGGUUGUUGCCCUGCGCCGCGAGCGGGUGCCGGGCCCCAAGAUGGAGUCGGCCGGGAGAGCGGGGCAGGAGAUUAGCCUGGCGGCCCUGAAGCAGUACGACCCCUACAUCACCAGUAUCGCCGACGUGACUGGCCAAGUAGCGCUUUACAGCUUCAGCCCGAAGGCCAACGAGUGGGAGAAAACCGACAUAGAAGGGACCUUAUUUGUGUACAAAAGGUCAGCUUCUCCUUAUCAUGGUUUUACGAUAGUGAAUCGACUGAACAUGCACAACCUGGUUGAACCAGUAAAUAAAGAUUUGGAGUUUCAGCUCCAUGAACCUUUUCUUCUCUACAGAAAUGCUAGCUUGUCAAUUUACAGUAUCUGGUUUUACGACAAGAAUGACUGUCAUCGAAUAGCAAAACUCAUGGCUAAAGUGGUAGAACAAGAAGCUCAACGAUCACAGCAAGUUUCCCAGGACAGAAAAAGUCCCAGUAGAACCAAUGGCUGCAAUGAAAACAGGCCCAUUGACAUCCUGGAAAUGCUUAGUAAAGCCAAGGAUGAAUAUGAACGAAAUCAGAUUAGUGACUUAAGUAUUAUAUCAAGUUCUGGAAUGCAAGAAAAUGCAAAUCCUCCAAAGCCAGAAAGCACAGAGCCUUCAGAACAAAAAACUUCAUUACAAGUGCAAGAGCAGCCAUUUCAGUUAAGGCAGAAGCACCUGACUUUGGAGGAACUGUUUGGAACCUCUGUACCAAAGGAACAGCCCCCAGUUCUGUAUCCCAAUCCAGAGAGAACAGAGAAGUUGCAGACUGACACCUCUGCCAGAGAGCAGCACAGUUUGCUCUUGCCUUUUCCCUUUGACCAGUCAACAGUAAUACAACAAUCACUAGGGAAAUCUGAAAGUCCAAAUGUUAAAACCAGUGCCAAUCCUUUGAAUCAGCAGGAAUGUUUAACACCUAUACUAAUACCUCCAGCUUCAGUUUCCCAGCCUGAUAAAAAAAAUGUUUCAAGCUAUUCAGUUUGUUUAAGCCCUGUUCUUAAUUCAGCCUCGACAACAGAAGCUGCCCCUGCUCAGAUGCUUCCUGGCCUAAAACAAAACAACAGUAUAAUGCAAGUUAUGCAGCAAGCUGCCAAGCAGAUAUCCCCACUAGUGAAUCAGCCGCCAUCUGAAGUGAACCACGCUCCACAAAAUCUAAUGGCUGGCCAAAGCCAGCUUACAGCGCCCUUGACAUCAACAAAUACAGGAACUGUCUCAAAUACAUCCCAUACAAGUGUUGAUCUUCUCCAGAAACUCAGGUUGACCCCACAGCAUGACCAAAUGCAACAGCAGUCUCUCACUAAGACUUCCUUAACACCAAACAUCUCUGCCUCAGUUGGCCAACUUGCAACACCAGAAAGCUUCAAAGAAUCACACAGUAAGCCAUCGACCUUGAACAGCAAGAUAAUAUCUCCCCUUCAGACUGUACAACAAAACAAGGAAUCAGAAGUAUUUCCACAGCCGAAGACUUUGUCUAAAGCAAGUCAAGUUGCACCUCCGCAGUUCGUUACAGCCACAACUACAGUAACGCCUUCAAUCCUCUUAUCUCCUAGUGUUUUUCAGCAAUCAACUACAAAAGCUACUGAAGUGGAGAAUAAAGCCAGUUCUUCACCUUUAACACUUGGAACAACAGAAAUUCAGACUAUACCUCCUACUGUUCUCAGUAGGUCUCAGCUUCAGGAAGCACUGAUACAUCUAAUAAAGAAUGAUUCCCGUUUUCUCAGCACUAUUCAUGAAGUCUACUUGCAAGUCCUAACCAAGAAUACAGACAACAUUAAGCUAUAAUCGAAGCUAAAUCUACUUAAAAUAUAUACAUUUUAGAAACAGUUAUGCCUCAUCUAUAAAACUAAUAUUUUUGUAAAAGAAUAGUUUUCAACAUCUUGAAUUUGAACCUGUUAGGAAAAACGAUUCCUUAAAUGCUUACAAGAGUAAUGUUCUCAGAAGUGAUCUAGGUUUUCACUGUGAUCGUCACCAGCAAACCUUUGAUUUUACUGGGGCGGGGACUUCAGUUGCAUUUGAGCUCUCAUUAGCAUUAAGUGAAUGUGCAAAUGUUUGUUCUGGCUUUCAUUUCUAGCUGUAUUCACUGUUCAAGGAUUACAGGCUCAAUACUACUUAAACAGCAAAUUCAUAGUUCAGUACACUACACCACACCAGACCAAAUUCAGUUGUGAGAACCUAGUUCCAGUUUGAAGGACUGAGGAAAAGGAGGGCGAAAAGCCUUGUGAUUAAGUUGGCAGGUGUGGGGAAGGAACGGCUCUGGAACCCAGGCCUUUGGAGCUACAUCUUUAACAAAUGGUUUAAAAAUGUGAUUUGCUCAAUACAUUGACAGUCUCUAGCUAAUGCACAUUAAUGGAAUAUUUAAGAGAGGAAUUUAUCUUAUUUGCUUCUGCAUCACUGACAUUAAACAGGUAUUCAAGUAAGUAAGGCCAUUUUCUCUACAAAGGCAAAAUUUGAGAUAUGAAAAAUCUUCAGUGAUUGUGUCAUUACUUUGGUUUUUUUAAGCAACAGAGUAGUUCUGUUGCAUGUUGAAGUUCUCUUGUUUUAAAUUUAUAGUUAGGAGACCACCACUGGAAGACCCUCUUCCUGUUCAGCAGCGUUUGAUAUAAUUUAAAUACUUUAGCUUAAGGCUAGACCGUGUCAUAGUUGGCUUUCAUUCCUUGGUUGCAUUGGAACUGCAGUGUUGAAAGCUAUGCAGAUGGGGAACAAAUGCAUGCUUUUCUUCUGUUGCCAUCUCCCGACAUUGUUAGUGCACACUUUGUAGUCUGAUGUUUAUCUCAUUAAAAUGUUAUUGCUUCUUAUAUGUGAUUUAGUAAUUCACUGUUCACUAAUAUAAGAAUUUAACUGGAUACUUUCCCAUUUUAAAUCAGAAAAUUUCUAAUGAUAGUUUCUUAUGCUGCUGUGUUGGUUUACCCAUGGCUUGUAUUUACUUCUGAAAGGCAUGCAAAGGUAAUUAAUUGAAGACUUCAGGUCCCAACUUUCUCCAGCAAUAGCAGUUUUAAAGGAUGCUUUUCCAGUAGAAAAGUUUUGGUUUACUGAGUAAAAAGAUAAUCUGUAGUGAAUUAUGAUGCACUGCUUCUUUCUUUUCCCUCAAGCACUAUUGAAAUAUGAAGAAAAAAAUGGUUUGCUCCUUACAACGUAUAUGUAUGUGUAUAUAUCCUAAGGAUUAGUUAGUGUUCAUGUAGACAAGGUGCAUGGUCAUUUCUUUGGAAACUACUAAUUGAGCUUUAAUUGUGACUUGUUCACAAAUCAAUAUGUUUUAGGUACAACAAAUAUUUACAUUUUAAUGUAUUUGAUCUAUUUUAGGUUUCUUCAUAGCUUUUUAGUGAAAAAUAUUUUUUGCUUAGCAGUACCUGCUUUCUGAAAAGCUCUUCUCAGCCUUUGAGUUCAGUGUUUCCCGUUAAAAUGUAUAGUAUUUUGUUACAAAAAUGUGCAAGAUUCAGGGAAAGAUGCUAAUGUCAUGCACAUUUAUCAAUAAGUAUAUUUGCUUUAAUGGUAGCAUUUGAAUUCAGCAAUAUAAACUCAGCCUUGUUAAGGAAGAUAGGAGCUUCCUACAUACACUCUAGAGUUAUAAUACUGUGUAUGCACAUAAACAAUGAGACUCAAAUGAGAUCUAAGGUCUAAACUAAUUUGUUUUGUUGGGUUUUAAGAAAAAGUUACACUAAAAGGGACAAGCCAAUGAGCAGUUCCUCUGAAGAAAAAUGGAUAGCCUAAACCAAAUAGAGAGUUGCUUUUUAUCUGGAUUUAGCAGAGAUAAAGUCCAUAACUUCUCAAUUCUUAUGGACAGCUUCUGGGUUCUUCAAAGGAAGAUUUGAUAGAAGUUUCUAAGAAUAGAAAUGUUGGAAGCUGAUAGUGCACAUUUGUAUGGUUUGCUAAAUACAGUCACAUCCAAAGAUCUGUAGAAAUGAUAGGAAGGAGUGGUAUUUUGAGUUCGUCAAUCGUAUACAGAUGACAAAAGUAAUAAUGUUUAGAGUAGCAAUGCUGUUAUGAGAGUUUGACUCUACUUCGAAUGUCCUUAACUUGUUUCCAGCUGUCCAGGAAGCCCCACAAGCAGUUGGCAGAUCCUUACUUUGCUUUCCUAGUGUAGUAGUAGCAAUACGUUAUUGGUUUACUUCCCCCCACCCCCAACUCUCACAAUAAACAGAGUUGAAGUCAUAGUUGCUAGGCAGGCAUUUUUACAACAAGCAAACCUGUUCAUCUUGAACACCUGCACGUGUUUGUUAUAACCUCUCUAUGUGUAGCCAACAGAGACUGGAACCAACCUAGGUGUCAUCCAAUACACCACAUGACAAGUGCCAGGGUAGUGGGUUUAACAGAUAAACCUCUUCAAUAAAAAGUUCCAUUGUAAAACACCAGCUCAACUACAGUGUAGAAUUUGAAUUUUUUUUUAAUGUGGACUAUGUUAUGUAAUGACAUUUUUCCCCGGAUUAUUUUAACUUUUUGUAUAAAUCUGAAAUUACCAGCUUGUCCAGUGUUUAAUUCAUAUUAUCCGCAUGUAGGGAUAACUAGUGUGUAGCAAGGAAAUUAUUGUGACCAUUUUCAGGUAAAUUUUUUUAAAAUAAAACUACUGGCUUAAUGGGAUUUACCUAUUAGUUCUGAGAAUUAAAGGAUUAUUAGUUGAGACUAUACUCCCCAAAUUAAUUGUCUUAUCUAAGCAUGUGUUUUGUAGCUAGUGUUAAGUCACCUUAAAAAAAAAAAAAAAAAAGAAAAAAACCUAAUCAAAGACAGUUUUAAAACCUCCAGCUGUUGAAUUGUUCAGGAAAAUCAGAAUUCUCAGUUUUGUAGUAAGACUUUAUCUGCUGUUAUUACACAAUGCAAAGUUUAUAUGAAAGGUGCCAUUAACUUAAAAGCAGUAUAUCUUUCCAAAUUAAACAAGAUUUGCAGUAUGAUUGAAUAAAUUUUUACAAAGUUAGUGAUUCACCUUGAUUUUGUAUAAAAUGUUUCAUUCUGUGUAUAAAUAAUAUAAUAUUUAAACACUUGCUGCUGGAUGCAUCUCAUUUUUGCUUGUGUUUCUAGUUGCUUCAUUUUGAUAUAUUUCUGAAACCCAUUAUGCCAUGUGUAGUCAUAGAUAUACUUUAUGAAAUAUUUUUGAAAACAAACUUUGAUUUGGGACUUCUUUGUUUUAAAAGUAUUCUGAGCAAAUCAGCCCCCUUUUUGCCAGGUAUUCGGGUUGCUUUGUACAGCAUAUCUUAACAGGAGGAAUGUGUGCAAUAUUUAUCACCUCAGUUUUGUCUGGCAAUAUUAUGAAAAUGUUAAGAUGCAAUAUCUUCCUUUCACUUCAAGUUGGAAAAAUUGCAGUACAUCUAAUUUGGUGGUUUAUUUAUUUUUUUCUAUCCGGUGUAUGGGCAUAUGGUUAGUUAGGGGUUUUUUACAUACGCUAUGUGCUUUUAGUAAUUUCUGAGUUCUGUCACUUUUGUGGUUGCACCAGUUGUACCCAUUUGCAUGUUCUUUCAAUAUGAAGACCAUGGGGAAGGAGGGCUUCAGGAAAGAUUUCCGGGAACCAGAGUGAGAACAAUUGUAAGUCAAUAAAUGUGGAUACUGCAUCAAUAACAUUUUUGGUGUGGUAUGGAUUUUAUAGCACCUAUGUAUGUUUGCAGUUAUUAAGUUAUUGCAUAAAUGUUUAAGAAUGAGCUUUUUUCAUCCAAAAUUUUGUAUGUUUGCAAAUAUAUUUUUUUAAUAAAAAUUCAAAACAAAUGUUUCAGCA